UAUUUACACACUGAAACUGAAACACACUUCCACAGCUGUCAGAUCGACUGUGCUCGUCUAGCCGGGUCAGGGCGCGAUGAUUUACCACAAACGUCCCGACAGAGUGACAUUUAGGAGAUUUAUCGCGAUUCGGACCGAAGAAUCUGAUGUGUAACUUCCUGUGAGAGCAUGCGUGAGCGAGAGAUGGCCGGUAGUGUCCGGCACUGGACCCCGAAGCACGUGGGCCGCUGGCUGCGUGAAGAGGGCUUCUGCGAUUACGUGGACCUGCUGUGUAACAAACACCGUCUGGACGGAACCAGCCUGCUGACGCUGAGCGAGUACGACCUGCGCUCUCCUCCGCUGGAGCUCAAGGUCCUGGGAGACAUUAAACGGCUGAUGGUUUCUCUCCGGAAGCUGCAGAAGCAGAACGCAGACGUGUUAGAGGAGCUCGGUCUGUCCUACGACGGACACUCGCCUCAGAACAGCGCAGGUGGAGUGGACUGGCUGUGUAACGGUGAGUCUGCGCGGGAUUGCGAUGCCGUGUUGGACACGUUGAGCGGCGAUCAGUAUCAUCAGUACAACAACGGCAAAUACAAGCAGCAGCCGCGGAGACUGGACCCCGAGUACUGGAAGACCAUCAUGAGCUCCGUCUACGUGGUCUUCGUCUUCGGCUUCACGUCCUUCGUCAUGGUGAUCGUCCACGAGCGAGUGCCAGACAUGAGGACGUACCCGCCGCUGCCUGACAUCUUCCUGGACAGUGUACCCAGAAUCCCCUGGGCAUUUGCGAUGGCUGAGGCCUGUGGCGUGAUCCUCUGUUCUGUUUGGCUGCUAGUUCUGCUGCUUCAUAAACACAGGUCGAUCCUGUUGAGGCGGUUGUGUAGUCUCAUGGGGACGGUCUUCAUGCUGCGCUGCAUCACUAUGUUUGUGACGUCUCUCUCUGUCCCGGGGCAACACCUGCAGUGCACUGGGAAGGUGCGGACAUCAACACACACACACACACACACACACACACACACACUUUCUGAUCCAUAA